AUGUCAGAAUCUCAAGCAUUUAUUUCAUCUAUCUAUAAAGCUGAUAUCUCAGAAAUCUAUCGAGUUCUCCGCCGAACAGGCAUUUUUCCACACAAAUGCAAAGACUCAAGAGGCUACACAGCUCUUCAUAUAGCUAGUAUUAACUCAAAUUAUGCAGUUAUGGAAUUUUUAGUCGAUUAUGUAAUCAUCAUUCAGAUCAGGCGAACAUAUGGCCUUGAAGCUCCAAAGAUUUUAAAAGCCUGAGCGAAUGAAAAAACUUCUGAUGGAUUUUUACCCUUGCACUUUGCUUCUUUCAGUGGCCAUUUGGUAUUUUUAAUAUAGAGAAUCAUUAAGCUUCUAAUUGAAAUUGGGUCAGAGUUGCAUGUAAAAAAUAACCAAGGGCUUACUUUAAUGCAUGUAACAGCGCAAGGUGACCAGCCUUUGGUUUUAGCUUAUUAUAGAGAGCUUGGUUUAAAUAUUGAUGAUAUUGAUGAAAAAGGGGGAACUCCAUUGCAUUGGGCAUGCUAUAUGGGCUGCGAAACUGCAGCUUCUUUAUUAUUGGCAUGAGGUGCAGAUCCCAGCAAGCAAGAUUCCGAAGGACAUACUCCUCUUCAUCUUGCAACCACAGCUAACAACACAAGAAUAAUCAGAAAUCUAUUACUCAAAGGGUCAAUAAGAAACAUAAAGGCAAUCUUUAUAUUAGGAUAAAAAAGGUAGGUAUCCUAUUGAUAUAGCAAAUGAAGGAAAGCAAAAAUCAUCAAUAAAAUUACUUCGGCCUAUUGGAAUUUUUUCUGAAUGUGGGGUCAAGCCGCCACUGCGGCCGCCUAAGAAAAGCUAUUCUUCACUUUUAGUAUUUUUGUUGGUAUUUAUAGGAGGAAACUUGUUAAAAAUAUUUAUUGUUGAUGAAUACGUUGGAAAAGGAUUGAGGAUCACUUAUAGCCUGUUAAUUAUUUUUGUAAGCAUUUGUUUUUUUAUCACAUGGCUAAAAGACCCUGGAUACAUUAAGCCAGGCGAAAACGAAUCAAUAUUUCAUCUAUAUGAGCAAUACGAAACUCAUUUAAUAUGCCCUGAUUGUGCUGUUUAUAGGCCAGCAAGAUCUAGACACUGUCAAACAUGCAAUAAAUGUGUUGAGAAAUUCGACCACCAUUGCCCAUGGAUUAACAAUUGUAUAGGUGCUAAAAAUAUUGGUGUGUUUUAUAUUUUCAUAUGUAGCAUAUGGAUCUCAUUGAUUUUUGCAAUUUCUUUGAGUUUGAAAGUUUUAAUUGAUCCUGAAUUAGAUGCCCAUGCGUUUGAUGUCGCACUUGAAACUUCAGUAGCGUUUUCUGUAAUAACAAUUAUUAUUGCAAGUGCUUUUAUGAUGCCAGUCUUACUUACUUAAUAUUUACAGGCGUCCGCCUAGUGUUGACGCAGUCACCAAGGACCCAGUAUUAGGGGUUCACCUGCUUUGCGGUAUAGUCCAAACUGGCCAUAUAAACCAGUCACCAGGACAUACACCUACUCCUUCCCACGCGCGUGAGCCGUGGCUUAGUGUUGAGUGGGCGGGCUAUGGGCUUCUGCGGCUGCUGCUUGAGUUGCGUUGAGCAUGGGCCAGGCUCUGCUCUGCAGAAUUGCUUACCAUGGCAUUGUUGCUCAUUUCCGGAAUGGCAAAACCUUGCCGGAUAUAAUUAAAAUAUGGGUCGAGUAUGUGUGGCCGGAGGCCACACUCAGACGAAGACGCCAUAUUUUAAUUAUUUUUUAAUGCCAGUCACAUUUUUAGUGUCAGUCCAGACUAAAAACUUCUGAACCAACAGAACUACAAGUGAAAGAUUUUCGAAACCGAUGAAAUCCAAAGAGUCAGCUUCUUCAACUGUUUCUUUCUUGUCGAUAGACCAAAAUGGCUUUAAAAACUGUUGGGAAAUGCUAUGCAAUAAAGGAGUUUCUUCAAGAGUUUCUCAUGAAUUCAGGCCUCAUGAAGAUCAUGAAAUCAGCUUUUUAGAUAUUGUAAAGAAUUAUGAGAAAGAAUAUGGAGACUCAAAAGUUUAA